AUUUAAGUCCACUGCAGCUUUGAAGUUAAUUCUUGAUGAGAUGAAUGGGAGAAUUAGGGGAAGCAAAGCAGAAGCGGUGAUGAAGGCUCCAUCAAAAGAUGGAAACUCAUUUGGAGAAGCAAUAUAUGGAGCAGGCACAGAUAUCAUCAGAACUGAAUUGGGUGCUUAUGGAGAAAAGCUCUUAUGUUCAAGCUCAGCCUAUGUGCAUGGCAAUAUAAGCAGAUAUCUGUCCAAUCCUCAGUAUUAUUUUCAAGUGAAUGAUGACUACGUGAAGAACAAGUUGAAAAUAAUCUUGUUUCCAUUUCUACACAGGGGACAUUGGAUGAGAAGCACAGAGAAAGUUGGUGGAGAACUUUCAUAUAAGCCUCCUAUUUAUGAUAUUAAUGCUCCUGAUCUCUACAUUCCUCUCAUGGCAUUUGGUACCUAUCUCAUUUUGGCUGGCUUCUUCUUGGGCAUCAAUGGCAAGUUUAGCCCAGAAGCUUUAAGUGUGCAAUUGACAAAUGGACUGCUGUGCUGGUUAUUCCAAGUCCUGAUCCUUGAAGCUACCUUGCACACAUUAGGUGAUGGAGAUGUGCCUUUGCUUGAUGUUGUGGCCUAUGGGGGAUAUACAUUUGUCGCGGUGUCAUUGGCCAUCCUAGCAAGGAUUGCUUGUAGAUAUUUCUUCUAUACCACAACAUUAUGGGAAUGCUUUUGUAUGGGAAUGUUCUUUGUGAAGAUCAUGAAGAGAAUUCUGAUUGCAGAAAUGAGAAGUUGUGAUAAGCACUCAAGCAAACGCCACUAUCUAUUGCUUUUAGUGGCCAUUGCUCAAAUUCCACUCCUCUUUUGGCUUGGUAGUGUUGGCCUUUGACUUGUAAUAAUGCAUCAUAAGAAAAUACUUGUUGGGAAUUUAAAAUAGGAGCCAGCUUGGAUAAUAAAUGUGGAGCAAGCUUAUUCAUACUUUAUUUAUCGUGUGUGACACGUCAGUCUAUUUAUUACACGCGUAUUUUAUGACUCCUACUAUAAAUUAAGAAGAUAACUAGUGCGUAGAAGGUUGACAUCUUAUCUUAAUUGGUUGACAUCACGCUUGAUUCAUCUAAUCUAUAUUGAGACAUAUCUCCCUAAUCACUUAUGAUUGGUCGGGUUUGCAUCUAAUACAUAACCUUAGAGAAGUCUACCUAUCUGU